UGAAGUUGUCAAAGAUUGUUUUUCCUUCGCGUAAACAAUAGAACUAGAAAAAAGUGUGUCUUCUGAAAGGUUUUCCGGAAAAAACAUACUAUUGUGCGCACAGAUAUGGCCGACGACCAUUCCGAUAGCUCGCUAACAUCCAUCGACGAUGAAGAACGUACGGACAACACAGAAAACCUAUGCGAAAACCCCACCAGGGACAUUCUAACCGAAGGAUUUUUUCGGCUGUUCAAACCAGUUAUCGACGAUCUCGAGAACAACAUUCGUGGAGCGAGCAAAACCCAGGAUGAUUUGCGGCAACAGCUCGAUGAAUUAUCCGGAGAAAUGAAGAAUCUUAAUUUCGAAAACGAUCCUGUGCUUCACGAAUACUUCAAACGUAUGGUUCGCGUGAAACAGAAGGUGGUAGUAAUAAUGAAUAUUCUUCAGGGGGCCCAAGAACGACUAGUCAUGCUUUGCCAACAACAAGAGCAACAAAAUGUUUCGGCCGAACCUCCCGCAUCAUAAUCGAUACACAAAUGACAAUGCUGUGCUAACAAUAUUUAAGCUUUAAUUGAACAACUCAUUCCAAAAUUGUUGCUUUUAUUAAACAGUGAAACUCUAACGAA